GCCACUGGCUCAGAGGACGUAUCAAGUCCCGUAGCCUUGCUCUCACCAUCUAACUCUUCUUAGCGGUGCUGCCUUGGCUAGCCUUCCUACUGCUGCUCUAGGAAGGAAAGACCAAUCCCACCAUGUGUAUUGAGAAGAUUCACGCUCGUGAGAUCCUGGACUCCCGUGGGAAUCCUACCGUUGAGGUGGAUUUGUACACUGCUAAAGGAAUGUUCCGGGCAGCUGUCCCCAGUGGUGCUUCUACUGGCAUCUACGAAGCUCUGGAACUGCGUGACAAUGAUAAAUCCAGAUUCCUUGGAAAAGGGGUCCUGCAGGCGGUGGACCACAUCAACAGCACUAUCGCCCCUGCUCUCUUGAGCGCUGGUCUCUCAGUAGUGGAGCAAGAGAAGAUAGACAACCUCAUGCUGGAGCUGGAUGGAACAGAGAAUAAAUCCAAGUUUGGAGCGAAUGCCAUCCUGGGUGUUUCCCUGGCUGUGUGCAAAGCAGCUGCUGCAGAGAAAGAUGUUCCUCUGUAUCGACAUAUUGCUGACUUGGCUGGAAAUUCAGAUCUCAUUCUGCCAGUACCUGCCUUCAACGUGAUCAAUGGGGGCUCCCAUGCUGGAAACAAGCUGGCCAUGCAGGAGUUUAUGAUCUUGCCUGUUGGGGCCGAGAGCUUCCGGGAUGCCAUGCGCAUCGGUGCUGAGGUCUAUCACAAUCUCAAGAGUGUGAUCAAGGACAAAUAUGGUAAAGAUGCCACCAAUGUGGGUGAUGAGGGAGGCUUUGCUCCUAACAUCCUGGAGAACAGUGAAGCUUUGGAACUCCUCAAGGAAGCCAUCGAGAAAGCUGGCUACACUGACAAGAUUGUGAUUGGCAUGGAUGUGGCUGCAUCGGAAUUCUACAGAGAUGGCAAAUAUGACUUGGACUUCAAAUCCCCUGAUGACCCCAGCCGCUACAUCUCUGCUGAUGAACUGGGUGAUCUCUACCAAAGCUUUGUAAGGGACUACCCAGUGGUGUCAAUUGAGGAUCCUUUUGAUCAGGAUGACUGGGAGGCGUGGUCCAGGUUCACAGCCAAUGUUGGGAUUCAGAUUGUGGGGGACGACCUGACAGUGACCAACCCCAAGCGCAUUGAGAGAGCUGUCGAAGAAAAGGCCUGCAAUUGUCUUCUGCUUAAAGUCAACCAGAUUGGAUCAGUCACUGAGGCUAUCCAAGCCUGUAAACUGGCUCAGGAAAAUGGCUGGGGGGUGAUGGUGAGUCAUCGAUCAGGGGAGACUGAGGACACCUUCAUUGCUGACCUGGUGGUGGGACUCUGUACUGGGCAGAUAAAGACAGGAGCUCCAUGUAGGUCUGAGCGACUGGCAAAAUAUAAUCAGUUAAUGAGGAUUGAAGAGGAGCUUGGCGAUGAAGCCCGCUUUGCUGGCCACAACUUCCGUAACCCGAGUGUCCUAUAAACACUGCCCUUGGCACACUCUGGCUUGCCUGCUAAUUCCCAGUCCACAGACUCUGAGUGCCCCUUAGACCACAGCCUCCAUCUUUCCAGUGUCCUCUUUCUCCUCUUCCCAUUCCAGCUACCUCCUCUGGCCCCCACACUGGAAUUACCCCAAGACAUACCAAGAACGAAGCUUCCCCCUACCUGUCAUGGUGCUCCAAGCCAGCUUUGCGUAUGUUGCGCAGUGUCUGCUCUCUGGGCCUGCUUGAAUCCCAUGUAUAUCCAAGUGUAAAAGUGCUGUUACCAUGUUUGCCAGGAUGUGUGGCAAGGAUGUGCGUGACUGAAGUUUGUCCUAUGUUUCCACUCUUUUGUUGCCACUUGAAGUCUGUGCUUUGCUACUUGAUAUGACAGUGUUUAAAACUUUGUAGUGCAGAUUGCCAAUAGCUGGUUGCUCCGUGUGUGUGUGUGUGUGUGUGUGUGUGUUGUGUGUGUGUCCUAGUCUGUCCCUCCCAGCCUUCAAGUAUCCUUUUCAGUUUGGGGGGGGGGUGUGUGUGUGGUGCCAUACCUGUGUAUGCAGUAAGGUUGCAUCUGAUCUGAAAGUUGCGUUGAUUUGUGUUUUUCUGAAACACAAAGGCAAAGUUUGCUGCUGUGAUACACUGGGUCAUCGUGCCGUGUGCUUUGUGCGGUGUCGUGGGUCAGUGCAUUGUGGGUGUGAGGUUGUGAUCAGCACUCUGCUCAGACUGCUCUCUCUCUGGUUGUUCGGUCACACAGCGCUCUUAUCACCUGUUUCCCAUCUUGCUCUCCUCUCACUUCUUAUUUGACUUCCAGAAGUUUCACCUAAACUGAGAGAAAAAAAACCCAGAGAAAAAUCAAACAACAGAUC